GUUUUUACGUUCUAAAACAUGCAGACAGAAAUGCGGUAUGUAGAAGAAACAUGGCUCUGCUACAUUAAUAAUUUGGAAUUGACUGUUUUAUUUAAAUAAUUUCUAUAUGUAACGUCAGUCAACCUUUUGCAUCUGAAUGUGGUCCAGUUUGUCAAGAAAGAAAUUGGCUGUGUUUGCAAAUGGUCUGAGUUCCUGUUACAGUUCCUGUAACCUUAAGGUUACGGUUUCUGGUGUGGCCAGAAAGGAGUGGCUGGAGCCAGAGUUGCGAUACGUCAGCUCUGCCAGCGUGGAAUAGAGAGACAGACCGCCAGUCCAGGAAGUAAAAAUUACAGAAGUUCUACAAGGCAAAGAUAGCAGGACAACGACAGUUCCAGUUAUCAACACUGUACUGUACUAUUCCUCCUUCAUAUACCGAGUCCACGGAGAGGGUAGGCGGCGAAUCCCUGCCUUGAUUUCCAGCGGUAUAUGGAACAACCGCCUCACAAGAUGAUGGUCGACCCUACCCUUGCUGAAAUGGGCAAGAACCUCAACCAAGCCAUGAAGAUCUUUGAGGAUGGCCAAAGGCCAUCGGAGCCGGAUGGAGAGAGACGACGGUUCAGCAGGAGUAGUAUCCCUGGACCACUACAGAGAGAUGGCCAGGAUGUGGCCAGUAUUCUCCAGCUGGUUCAGAAUCUCAUGCAUGAAGAAGAGGAAGACACGCCAAGCCAUCGUAGGAUGCAGAACGUUGGAGAGCAGGGUCACAUGGCAUUGCUAGGACACAGCCUGGCAGCCUUCAUCUCUGUGUUGGACAAGGACCGCCUCAGAAAGCUGACCACACGCAUCGCAUCAGACACAACACUCUGGCUGUCCAGACUCUUUAGGUAUGAAAAUGGCUCAGCAUACUACCACGAGGAUGACCGUGAGGGGCUGCUGAAGGUGUGUCGGCUGGUCAUCAACGCACGCUACGAGGACUACACCACCGAGGGCUUCACCGCGCUCAAUUCCAGACAGCCGGUCAUCUACCAGAGUGCCACCUGCAGGCCCGGCCUAGGACAGCACCUUUGUUGUCAGUUGGGUCUGCCUUUAUCCAGCCUGUGCACUGUCCCCUGUAAUACCAUGUUUGGGUCCCAGCACCAAAUGGAUGUUGCCCUGCUGGACAAGCUAAUCAAAGAAGACAUGGAAACUGGAAAGCUUCCACUACUGUUGAUAGCCAACGCAGGCACCCCUUGGGCUGGCCACACCGAUAAGCUGGGUCGUCUUAAGGAGUUGUGUGAACAGUAUGGCAUGUGGCUCCAUGUGGAAGGGGUCAACUUAGCCACCCUGGCUCUGGGACAGGUCUCAUCUCCGGUGAUGGCGGCCUCCAGGAGCGACAGUAUUACCCUGACCCUGGGUCCGUGGCUGGGUCUGCCCGCUGUCCCUGCUGUCACCCUCUACAGACAUGACGACCCAGCCCUGACUCUGGCCGCGGGUUUGACCUCCAGUCAGCCUGUAGAGAAGCUACGUGCCCUUCCGCUUUGGCUCUCCCUGCAGUACCUCGGCCAUGACGGCAUUGUGGAAAAGAUCAGACACGCUGCCGAACUGAGUCAACAGCUUCUGGAGAAACUGAAGACUCUGGCUUCCAUAAAGACAUCGGGUGUGAUGUCUCUCUCCCCGAUCCCGCCCAUCUCAGGGGGCUCUCUACGGGACGUGCUGGGCUCUCUCAUUCUCUCUAUUGUAGAGGAUGAGGUCAACUCUCCAGUAGUGGUGUUUAGGUUCUCCCAAGAGACCAGUGCAGCAUCCAGUGGUGGCUCUAUGGAGGGCUACUUUGCUGGGGAGAGAGAAGUGAUAGAUACUCUGAACAGAUGGCUAGGUGAGCGGUUGGCACAGCUGGUUCCCGCCAGUGGGGUAGACGUAGUGGAGCUGGAGGAGGAGGGCACCUGUGUCCGGUUCUCCCCUCUCAUGACCGCUGCAGUCCUAAGGACCCAGUGUUGUGAUGUGGAUCUCCUCGUGGAGCAGUUGACGGAGCUUGUUCCCAUUCUAAGCUGUACACUGCGUCUCAGACAGGACUUCAGGGAGGAAGUGUACCGCCACUCUGCCCUCAGUUACAUACAGGACCUCAGCUGGCCUGGCCUGGGAGCCGUCAGAUAUGAGCCAAGGGGUGAGGAGCUGGACGACGGUAAGAGGCAGCAGGAGGUAGAGAAGAUCAACAGUGAGCUGUUGAAGAAACUAGGGGAUCUGGAUGCGGACCUGAUCUUCUCCACUGGCCCAGAGUUUGGACCGGAGAAGGAUUGCAUAUUUAUUGGCAUGGCAACAGAGGAUUUGGAUGUGUCAGAGCUGGUGGAUAUGAUAGCCACCCUGGGGAGGGACUUGGAAGAGAGUGGCAGGCUAUUAGAGAACAUGACCGAGGUGGUGAGAAAAGGCAUCCAGGAAGCAGAGCUGCAGCUCCAGAAAGCCAAUGAAGAGAAACUCAUGGAGGAGGGUGUGUUGAGACAGAUUCCUCUGGUUGGCUCAGUGUUGAACUGGUUCUCUCCAUUCCAGAGCACUGUGAAGGGCAGGACAUUUAACCUGGCUGCAGGUUCCCUGGACUCCACAGAGCCCACCUACUCAAUGAAGGCCCAGACAGGUGUUGUAGCAUCACCAGAAACCCCAACCUUCUCUUCCAAAAGACUGCCAGGUCAGAGGCUGUUUCGACGCGGUGGCUCUGACUCCCACAGUGAGACCAGCUCUGUGGGCCAAGCUGAAGAUCUCUCCAAGGAAGGGGUCCAUUCACCCUCCGCACCCACCCCACCUUGUGUCCUACAGCCGGAUGAGGUGACGUCUGAGGCCCUUGAGAGGCCUCAAGUGCCACAAGGUCAGGAGGUCAAUCCACUGACCUCCCAAGUUCUAGCUCAACCUGAGGCUGGGCAGCAGGAAGAUGGGCAGAUGGGGACGGAGGAAAGGGGUAUGGAGAAGAUACAACCUGAGGGCCAACAGACCAUAGAGGAGUCCCAGGAGGAUGAGACAGGCAGAUAAGACGGCAACCAGGACAGGGUCUGAAAAAGAACCAGACCAGUCUAGCAAGUGUUGUAGAGCAGCGAUUCAUUCACUUCAGAAAUCUUUCCCUUACCUCUUGAGCCUUGUAGAUCUGAAGGGACUAUAGACAGGAUAAGAGAUUGAAGGGAUUGCAAAAGCAUUACUUUGCCUACCAAAAGGGUAAAGCGUGCUAUUGUCAUUAUCUUCUUUAGUCUUUCUUUUCAGUCACUUGAGGACUGUGAACGGAAGAGGUCAGGAGCAAAGGAAAGGGAACAGGAUUUCAGAAAGGAAUCCAGCCUUAGGGACAUUGAGUUCUUUCCACGGUAGUCCAGAGAUCAUCUCUGACUUUCAAAGUACUCUGUCCUGCAGUGGGUUAAUACAUAUUUAAGUUGACCCAUGUGUGCCCUGUACAACCUAGGGACUCUGGUUAAGAAGAAAAUACUUCAGGGCCUAGGGUCAAAGGAGGGUAGUCUGUGGACUUUCUGGGUCAAAGCCUCCAUUCUACUCCUCCAGUCUCUCAUCAUGGCCCGAAGGUAAAGCAGCUUAUAUGCAAGCCAAGUAACAUGUGACUUACACUGGAAAUAAUAACAUUUUAUAUUAUCUGGUCUGUACACAAACCUUGUAUUUCUAUCCACUCCGUGUCAUGAACAGUAAAAAAAUAAAUGAAGGCAAACUGAAUUGAACAACAAAGAACACACACUUCGUUCUGACCUUCAAACACUUCCAUGUACACUACCCUGACAGUCCCUCCACAGUUUGUCAAAUAACCACCCUACACAGGUUGAAGUCUGUGUGUGUGUACUGUUUUAUGAAUGUCGUCAAUAAGGGACUAACAGUCUUUGGGGCUUACAUUGCCUUACGUCCAAAGUUGGUUUAACAUUUUAUUUUUAUUUUUUAGGGAAAUAUUUUCUUUCUUUGCCAAGAUACUUAGUUUCAAUGCUGUAUGUUGAGAUGUGUAUUAUGAAUAAGUCAGUUGUAACUGUUAUAAUGCCGGGACUGAUGAUUGCUUAUUUUCAGGUCAGAUAGGCUGGCUUGAUGUAGGGUUGUUUAAAAGAA